AUGGAAUUUUCAGGAAUUCCAAAUUGUUUGAGAAGUUUACUAAUAUACUUAUGUUCCAGAUGUUUAGAUGAUCCAAUGUUAGGUUUAAUCUUAUCGGCUUCUAAAAAUUGUUUCUCGUUUCAUUCUCAUCAUCAGAGUUCUUCGGUGCUACAUAAUGCAAAACUCCGUGGGUUUCUUUCUUGGUAUUAG